CACCCUUCACCUCACUAGCUAGUAAUUUCUCUGGUUAAAAUAAAAAAAAUGGUGCAGGGAAGUGGCAGUGCAACGGUUGGGAUUGUGUUGGUAUUUUUAUUGUUGCUUCAGACUGAGGUGAGUGAAGCAACAACUUACACUGUUGGUUAUUCUGAUACUAAUGGUUGGACGUAUAACGUCGCUAAAUGGCCUAAAGGAAAGAGUUUUAAGGCUGGUGAUGUUCUCGUAUUCAACUAUGAUCCGUCCCUGCAUGACGUGGUGGUUGUAAACAAAAGAGGUUACAAAAAUUGCACAACCCCAAAAAAUGCCAAAGUCUAUCAAACAGGAAAGGAUCGGAUCACGCUUGCUCAAGGAAACAGCUAUUAUAUCUGCAAUUUCCCGGGCCACUGCGAGAAUGGAAUGAAAAUAGCUGUUACUGCUAGCUAGAUUAUUAUAAAGCUUUAGUUGACUUAUAUAAUAAAUGAGUUUGGUGUGGCUUUUACUCUAUAUAUAUAUAUAUAUAUAUAUAUAUGGAUAUGUAUCUGUAUGUAUGCAUUCUACUUGAAUAAAUUUUAUUGUAAGCGUGGCUUGUGUAUGUAUGUGCUUUUGUAUUUUGUUCCGAGAAAAGUAAAGCUUGAUAUAUGGGUUGAUUAUUAGGUAUAAUGCAUAUUCAAAAACUGGACACACAGUAUUGCUUGUGAA